AUGGCAAAAUUUAUACGAAAAAUUGGUUCACGUAAAAACGGACGUAUUGGUUCGCGCAAGCAUCCUCGUAAAAUACAUAGGGGGGUUAUUUAUGUUCAAGCUAGUUUCAACAAUACCAUUGUGACUGUUACAGAUCUACGAGGUCGGGCGAUUUCUUGGUCCUCUGCCGGUUCAUGUGGAUUCAAAGGUUCACGAAGGAGUACACCGUUUGCCGCUCAAACCGUAGCAGGAAAUGCUAUUCGACCAGUAGUCGCUCAAGGCAUGAAACGAGCAGAAGUCAUGAUAAAAGGUCCCGGUCCAGGAAGAGAUGCGGCAUUAAGAGCUAUUUUAAGAAGUGGUAUACGAUUAAAGUUUCUACGGGAUGUAACACCUCUGCCACAUAAUGGAUGUAGGGCUCCUAAAAAAAGACGUAUAUAAAACUAUAAAUAAACAUUCAAGAAAGAUAUUUCAAGAGAAAUAAACAAUUAAAUCACGAGUUUAAUAAAAAUAUAUUACUAUGAUUCGAGAAAAAGUAAAAGUAUCAACUCAGACACUACAGUGGAAGUGUGUUGAAUCAAGGGUAGACAGUAAGCGUCUUUAUUAUGGACGCUUUAUUCUGUCUCCACUUAUGAAAGGUCAAGCAGAUACAAUAGGCAUUGCAAUGCGAAGAAUUUUGCUCGGAGAAAUAGAGGGAACAUGUAUCACACGUGCAAAAUCUGAGAAAAUACCACAUGAAUAUUCUACCAUAGUAGGUAUUCAAGAAUCAAUACAUGAAAUUUUAAUGAAUUUGAAAGAAAUUGUAUUGAGAAGUAAUCUGUAUGGAACUCGAGACGCGUCCAUUUGUUUCAAAGGUCCUGGAUAUGUAACAGCUCAAGACAUUAUUUUACCA